GGAUAAUAAAUUUAAAUGAGGGUAUUUCAGUCAUUUGGUUCCAAAAUAUUACCACUCAAAGUGAAGGGAAAAGCUUGGCUUUGCGAACCGAGUAGUCUCCGUAUCUCUGCAAUUCCUUCAUUUCCUUUCGUUGUGAAGAGGAUAAAAGGUUGUCUCUCCUUUGAUGCUUGGAGUUUUAAGUUUCUACAGUUUCUGGUGCAGUUAAGAUUUGGUGAAGGCGAAGUUAUGGCCCAUGUGAAACCAAUUAGAGCAGUUCCUGGGAAGCCCCGAAUUCUGUUAGCUGCAAGUGGAAGUGUUAUGGCCCAUGUGAAACCAAUUAGAGCAGUUCCUGGGAAGCCCCGAAUUUUGUUAGGUGCAAGUGGAAGUGUAGCUGCAAUAAAGUUUGGGAGUCUAUGCCAUUCUUUUUCUGAAUGGGCAGAAGUUAGAGCAGUUGCCACCAAGGCCUCUUUACACUUCAUUGAUAAAGCAUCACUUCCUAAAGAUGUUCUUCUUCACAGCGAUGAGGAUGAAUGGUCCAGUUUGAAGAAAAUAGGAGGCAAUGUGCUUCAUAUUGAGCUCUGCAAGUGGGCUGAUGUCAUGGUUAUUGCACCCUUGUCGGCAAAUACUCUGGGCAAGAUUGCUGGGGGCUUGUGUGACAACCUCUUGACAUGCAUAGUUCGAGCCUGGGACUUUGGUAAGCCGCUUUUUGUUGCACCGGCGAUGCAUACUUUCAUGUGGAACAAUUCUUUCACACAACAACAUCUUGAUUCGAUCAGCAAGCUUGGUAUUUCUCUGAUUCCUCAGAUCACUAAGCGCUUGGCCUGUGGCGAUUAUGGCAAUGGUGCAAUGGCAGAACUUUCUGUCAUCUACUCUACUGUGAGGCUCUCUUUGCCUUUGGAAUCACUAGCACAAGCAACUGGCGUUAUGGCAUCGAAUCAUAAUAUGCCAAAAAGUCACAUCAGCGCUCAAGCACCAUUUACUAAUAAGGAGAAAGCAGGCCUUACACAAACGAAGAAAACUACUGGGCGAGUGAGGCACUUACCAGAUGAAAGUCACGUCAGCGCUCAAGCACCAUUUACUAAUAAGGAGAAAGCAGGCCUUACACAAACGAAGAAAACUACUGGGCCUGUGAGGCACUCACCAGAUGAAAGUCGCAUCAGCACUCAAGCACCAUAUACUAAUAAGGAGAAAGCAGGCCUUAUGCGAACGAAGAAAACUACUGGGCACGUGAGGCGCUCAGAAGAUGAUUCAUCUAGUGAUGAUGAUAUGAUAAUUGGUGCAUCAUUGCUACUGAUCAACAUGUUAGUGGAAGGUAGUGAAAAACAAGGAAAUACAAGAACAGUCCAUGUGAGGGGCACAAGGAGCCUACCACAAAAGAAAAAGACAAAAAGAGGGCACAAGGAGUAGGGCCAGGUCAUCUAGGAAGAAAUCCUCUCCCACUUUUUCCUAUGGUUUCAGCUAUGCCGGUUCCUGACCAAAAUCCUCAUGACCAUGACAGUGACCAGCAGAGACCCGGGUGAUCAAGGUCGUGUCACACAACCCUUGAUCUGCAACUAAGUUGGCAGGCACUGAUUUCCAAUACUUACAGAAAGAGGGGAAGCUAUAUAUUUCAGUUUAGUGUAUGUUACUCUGUUUUUGAAUCAUCAUCUUAAUUCCCUUGAAGCCAUGACAAAUCAAUUGCACAAUGAUGAAAAUGUUUUUAGCUGAUCCAACUUGAUUGGUGUUUGAUCA